AGGGAUAGAGGGAGAGAGCGUUUGUGUCAUUGUGUGUGUGUAUGUAUUGUGUGCAACAGUGCAAGCAACGAGGUUUAUGAUAAUAUAAAUAGUUAUCUGCUUCGCCCUUUAGAACGUUGUUGCUGCUACUUGUUCUCUUCUUUCUUGUUUUCCUCGCCAAUCCCUUUCCAAUCUUCACAAACAAAUAUGGGAGACGAGAAGAAGCCCAAGCCUGCUACUUCCGGCGUGUGGUCCACCGUUAAGCCUUUCGUCAAUGGUGGAGCCUCCGGCAUGCUCGCCACAUGCGUCAUUCAACCCAUUGAUAUGAUCAAGGUGAGGAUUCAACUUGGUCAAGGAUCGGCUGCACAAGUCACAUCCAACAUGCUUAAGAAUGAUGGUAUUGGUGCCUUCUAUAAGGGUCUAACUGCUGGACUACUCAGGCAGGCUACAUACACCACUGCUAGGCUUGGAUCAUUUAGAAUCUUGACGAGCAAAGCAAUUGAGGCCAAUGAUGGCAAGCCCCUGCCACUCUAUCAGAAGGCUUUAUGUGGGCUGACUGCUGGUGCUAUUGGGGCGACUGUUGGUAGUCCAGCAGAUUUGGCACUCAUUCGUAUGCAGGCUGAUGCAACUUUACCUGCUGCUCAGCGCCGGCAUUACACAAAUGCCUUCCAUGCACUUUAUCGUAUUGUUUCUGAUGAAGGGAUUUUGGCCCUUUGGAAAGGGGCUGGGCCUACUGUAGUAAGAGCCAUGGCAUUGAACAUGGGGAUGCUUGCAUCUUAUGAUCAAAGUGUUGAGUUCUGCAAGGAUUCCCUUGGUCUUGGUGAAGUUGCUACUGUCGUAGGUGCAAGUUCUGUAUCUGGAUUCUUCGCAGCAGCUUGCAGUUUGCCAUUUGACUAUGUGAAGACCCAGAUUCAGAAGAUGCAACCUGAUGCUGAGGGAAAAUAUCCAUACACUGGAUCUCUUGAUUGUGCGGUCAAAACCUUCAAAGCAGGAGGACCGUUGAAAUUUUACACAGGAUUCCCUGUCUAUUGUGUUAGGAUUGCUCCUCAUGUCAUGAUGACAUGGAUCUUCCUUGACCAGAUUCAGAAAUUGGAGAAAUCCCGUGGGUUGUAGUUCUCUGCGGUGGUGGGCAUUUUGUGUUGGAUUCAAGCUUUGAGCAUUGAAUAAUUUGUUGGCUGUGUUGUAGUCCUUUUUGGCAAUCAAACAUCAAUGCAGCUGAUCAUUUUUUAAGAAUUUAAUUAAUCAUGCAACUGAAGCAGGAAUAUUGACAUCCCCUUAAAUUGUACUAGUUAUAUGUAGAAUUGGAUGCGGCUGGACCAGAAUAGUAUAAUUCCAUUUUUGAAUGGAUGUGAUUGAGAAACUUGUGGACUAGAAUAAGUACUCUAUCGACAUCAAGUUUUGUAAUUCUUUUGUUUUAUAUAUCUGGAUACAUUUCUUGCAGCUGAGGAUUUA